AUGGCUUCACAGACGAUGGCAAAGUUUGGACAUGUUCUGCAAGAUGCAAAACACAUAACUGAACGCAUAAACGAUGCCCCGAAAAUAGCGAUUGAAAAUUUCAUCGGAUAUACCUCUGUGCCAGUUGGACUAGCCGGUCCUCUUUCAAUCAAUAACCCCGAUAGCACCAGUACUAGGACCUAUGCUCCAAUUGCUACCACCGAGUCUGCAAUCAUCGCGAGCUGCAGCAGAGGUUGCAAGGCGAUGAAUGAAUCUGGCGGAGGGCAUUUUCACAUGCUGGGUGAAGCAAUGUCUCGCAGUCCAGUGUUCCGAUUCAACUGUACCGAAGAUGCGAUUGAUUUCGCCCAUCGGGUGCCAGAUCUCAGGGAUCCCAUCGCUAAGGCCGCGGAAUCCUCAAGCCGCUACGCCCGUCUUGUGGAAUUGACCCCCAACAUCGUGGGUUCCAAUGUACAUGUUCGAUUUGACUACACAUGCGGAGACGCAGCGGGCCAGAAUAUGGUCUCGAUUGCUACUCAGCGUGCCUGUGAUUGGCUUCUUGCUUCUACACAGGAACUGAAGCUGAACAUCACGGGUGUGUUUGUUGAAUCCAAUAUGGCACCGGACAAAAAGCCAUCCUGGGGAGUUGUCAGCUCGCCUAGAGGUGUCCAGGUUGUUACAUGGACCACACUUUCCGAUACGGUAUGCCGUACUGUUCUGAAGUGCACAUCUGAGAGCCUAUACCACGUUUUGCGGGCAACGCAAGAGGGAGGGAUUCGCAAUGGUCAGUUUGGCUCGAAUUUAAACGUGGCCAAUGUCGUUACCGGAAUAUUUAUUGCAACUGGUCAGGAUGCUGCAUCGGUUGCUGAGGGGCCUUGGGCCCAUGUGACCCCGGAGUAUGAUUUUGAGUCUCGCGAGUUGAAACUGGCCCUCUAUUUCCCAUCUCUACCCGUUGGCACUGUUGGAGGUGGAACCACAUAUGAGACGCAGAAAGAAGCUCUCGGAAUUAUGGGAUGUAAAGGUCCCGGUGGGAAAUCCCGCUUAGCGGGUCUGAUUGCCGCUUUUUCUCUUGCGCUUGACAUUAGUACUGCAGCGGCGCUGGCAAGCAACACCUUCUCCAAAAGUCAUGAGAAACUUGCACGUGCAAAACAGGGAAAUGACAGUAAGAUUUGA